AUGUCACCGCGUAGCGCAUCUGGCUGGCCGGAAUGGGAGGAGAAGAAUCUUCUCUCUUGGCUGGAUGCCCAUCAAGAGCUAUCAUGGAAAGCCCGCUCCGACGCAUAUUACGAACAACACCGGGUGGCCCGAAGCGCUGAGUCUCUAAGGGGGAAGAAAUACCACAUUCUGCGGAAAAGCCGUCGCACACGCGCCGGAGCUUCUGAUCGUUCAGGCAAUCAAAAACCAUCAAAAGGCGCUCGUCACUCAACCGGCCAAAGGGCUUCAUUGGCAGCCCUCCCAACCGAAAUUUCUGCCAAAAGUCACAUUGACAAAUGGUUUGAAACAAUAUUAACAGCUGAGGAGGCUGAGGAAACCGACGGCAAAGGAUCAAGUCAAACAGAAAGCUCCAGGCUAGGUCGUGCGACGCGAGUAUCAAACCCGUGUUGGCCUAAAGAAACUCGAUCUUUAUCUUCGAUGUGGGACUAUGUGCACCGUAUUUGUGCAGCCAGGAAGCUUGAAUAG